AAAACACGACACGUGUCCGCUCUACUUGGACCUGCUCAAGCGGCAUUGUAUCUGCCAAGCAGAGGGCGAGUUUCAUGGCAAAUGAUCCAUCGAAGUUCGACCAAAUAUGGAGAGCAGCCUGCGAAAAGGAGAUGCUCUCCUGGCAGAGUCCAACCACACUGCUGAAGAGCUUGCAAAUGCCCCUGGGACCUCCGGAGGAAGGAGGUCCCUUCUAUCGCGCGCCCGCGUGCGGCGAUCUGGUCACGGUGUCCGGAAUCCGCCGACGGCCUGAGCUGAACGGUUCUCAGGGCGAGGUGGUCAACACCUCCCCCGACGAGUUCGGCCGCAUCACCGUGAAGAUCGUGGACACCUGCGGGGACAGUCGCAAGAUGAAGAUUCAACCCUUCAGACUGCUACCAACCUCUUCGUCUCCUGCUUUGGCAUCAAUGAGGCUGCAGGAUGACCGCAGCAGUGUUCGCUCAAUCUCUCGGCAAGGCAGCACGUCGGGCCGAGCAUUGGGCACGGCCAUCAGUUGCUCUGCCAAGAGCGUCUCGUUUUUCUCGCGCAGCUGGUCAGGAAUCUUUGAGGACGCGCCCCGAAAAGGCCGCACCUGUGAAGGGUGGGCGCGGCGGCUGAGAUGAAAACAGCCAAGCUGUGUCGACCCCAUGAGACGACGCGUGGAGACUACGACAUGAAACUUGUCGGAUGACUCAGUCUUCGAGCCACACGCACAAGUGCAAACUCAGGCAGGGGUCGCCCAUCUUAGCUCGAGUUUCACCGUGCCACCAAUUGUGC